AUGGGCAUGAGCUUCCGCCGCUACCUCUCGGGCGAGCGCAUCUACGGAUGCUCGACCUGCAAGACCCACCUCGCCACCAUCCACUCAAUGAUGUCCCGCGCGUUCAACGGGCAGCACGGGCGGGCCUACCUCUUCGACGGCGUUGUGAACGUCGUCGAAGGCGAGCCCGACGACCGCCCAAUGACGACGGGCAACCACACCGUGCGAGACAUCUACUGCGUAAAGUGCGGCACAACGCUGGGCUGGAAAUACGACAAGGCGUACGAGCCGUCACAGAAGUACAAAGAGGGCAAGUACAUCCUCGAGCGGAACCUGCUCGUGGACGUGCAGUAG